AUGUCCCGUCCAGCUAACACGGACGAAUCCCAUACCGCCAAGUGGAUUCAAUUUACCUAUGCACUUCUUUCUUUUCCUUCUGCUUUUUCUAUUUUCUUCUGUCUAUACGCAUGCAUUCGAGUUUGCAUCUAUCUGUUGCUACUUCUGUUUUUUUUUUUUAUUUUACCUGAAUUCUUAUACUUCAACUCUUUCGAAGUUUCUCCUUUUUCUCCACCUGCAAUUCUAUUCCUUUACCUCUUCCUUCUUUCCUUCCUUCUUUCUUUUAUCUCCCCCCAUAUUCUUUUCAUUCAUCCCUUCCGCUUUAGUGUCUUUUCUCUCUUUUCUCCACCCGCAUUCUAUUCCGUUAUCUCUUUCUUCCUUCUUUUUUUUAUCCCCCCCAUAAUCUUUUCAUUCAUCUCUUCCUCUUUUUCCUCUUUUCUCUUUUUUCUCCACCCGCAUUCUAUUCCUUUACCUCUUUCUUCCUUCUUUCUUUUAUCCCCCCCAUAUUCUUUUCAUUCAUCUCUUCCUCUUUUUCCUCUUUUCUUUCUUUUCUCCACCCGCAUUCUAUUUCUUUGCCCCUCUUUUCUCUUUCUUUUAUCCACUAACAUCUUUUUCCUUCAUCUUUUUCUCUUAUUUUCUCUUUUCUUACUUUUCUCCACCCAUAUUCUGUUCCUUUACUUCCUUCUUUUUCUCUUUCUUUACCCACCCACAUUCUUUUUCUUCAAAUCUUUUUCUAUAUUUCUCUUUUCUCUCUUUUACCCACCCACAUUCUAUUUCUUUAUCUCUUUCUUUUCUCUUUCUUUUAUCCACUCACAUUCUUUUCUUUGA